CCGUGUUCGUAUAGAACGCGUCGCCCGACCUGUACCCAUACUAUAGGACUCGCGGUUGUAACACGGACAGUGUAGUGUAUUGUUUAUUUUUGAAUUUCGAAUACCUAAUAUUUUUGAAUUUCGAAUAAAGGCCUCAUUUUGUACAACGAAUAUACACUUCGGUUUUACACGAUUACAAACUGAUUUUCGUUUCUGUUAAUCGGACUUUGACAAGGACGUGUAAUUAGGAAAUCGAAAGUCACUGAUUAAGUGAGUUUUUUUCGCGAUAAGAUAAUUUCACGAAGGAGCGUCGCAUUGGUUCCACGUUCGUGCCAAGUGAUUGAUCGUCGCGUUUCAUUAACAGUGCGAUUAUCUAGUUUUAUACUGAGUGCGUUCAUUAAUAUUUGAAAGUUUGGAUUUUAUGCGAAAAAGACCAACCAUAAAAAUGCCAUCGCCGGUCCAAAUUAAUUGUGCAACGUUAUAAAAAACGACAUCGACCAUGUCGAUACACACACGAAAGAGGCUGUUGCGGUGACUACCUACGGCGGACAAUAGCAAUAUGGCGUUAUUAACUAACUCGGCGACAGCUACUGGCCCGACAGCGACUGGGCCAGCUGCGCCACAAGCGCACCACUCUACAACGCCACUGCACCACUAUUUCCACUACUUGAAGCAACCGUCGCCUCUCGCGCAGAAUCCUUACGCGCACCACUCCAGCGCUCAUCACAUGGGGAUGGGACCGGGGCCUUUGGGGAGCUUGGGGCCGUUUGGACUGACGCAUCAUGGCCUGGAAGCUGUCGGGUUUCCCCAAGGUGUGAAUCCGAGAAAGCAGCGGCGAGAGCGGACUACAUUCACGAGGGCACAGCUGGACGUGCUCGAAGCCCUGUUCGGGAAGACCAGGUACCCUGACAUCUUCAUGAGGGAGGAGGUGGCCUUGAAGAUCAACCUGCCGGAGUCUAGAGUACAGGUGUGGUUCAAGAACCGAAGAGCGAAAUGCAGGCAACAGCUCCAGCAGCAGACCAACACGCAGAUAUCAAGCAAAUCCUCCGCCUCCAAAACCUCAUCCAUAUCAUCCAGUUCCAAUAUAAAGAGCAGCAACAGUUCCAAUUCCUCAUCAGCUAAGAUUACCACGUCGAAAUCAUUAACCAGUUCGACGAAUAGCAUAGCAAAUACGCAGAACACUUCUAGCAUCACCACUUCAUCACCGAACCUUCCCAUCACCCCUACAACAUCAGUCAGUCCUCCUAUAAAUGUUAUAUGUAAGAAAGAAUCAGCUCCAUCUAAUUAUGAAACAUCACCACUCAAUAAGAACAGUCUAAGCUCACUAAGUCAUCACUACAACUCCAAUGACACGUUAAGAAUCAGUGGGAAAGAAUCAUCACCAUCGGAUUCCAUAUCAAACGUGCACGGCUACGGUGUAACCCCGAAACAGGAGUUGUACAAUAGUCCAAAAAGAUUGGACUAUUCGAGCAAAUUGGACUAUUCGGAGAAGUCAUUCGGGAGCAGUUUGGUCAAAGAUCAGUAUAGCUCGAGGCUGACUGGGAACUUGACUCCUCUAGGGUCGAACUCCUCGAUCAUGACAACCCCUUCACCCCCUAUCACCCCUCAGAGCUUGAACGGCCCGGGGAACGUUUAUCAUCCUGAUAACUAUAACAGCUUCCACUGGCCUGGCAGCUCAGAUUACAUCAGAAGCUACUCCACGACUCAUCAUCAUCAGGGAUAUGGGCAGGGUGCUUACAAUUCGCCCUAUUAUCCAAGUCAGAUGGAAUACUUCAACGGAUCUUCAGUGAAUCAGGCGCAUGGCAGCCAUCACGGCCACAACCUGACCGCGAACGGCAACCAACUUUACAACCAAGUAUCGUUCGGCAACCCAUCACCGCCUUCAGCGUGGCCAUCCCACCACAACAUCCUGUCUUCAGGUGCUGAAUCACCAGAAAACCAGUCGCAGAACUCACCCCAUUUGAGCAUGCUUCAAGCGUCACAGAUAACAAACUUUCCUAACUCAGGUAAUAGUUAUUUUGCGCCUGAAAAAUAUGGAAUCAACAUGGUUUAGUGUUUCUAGUCCUUUAUUUGUAGAUUGUAAAUAUUUGUACAAUUUUAAAUCGAUAUACCUAUACUAUUUCUUCAAAGGACGGUUUACAUAGAUUUAGUGUGUUUCCGAACGGUUUAGUACUUUUUAUUUCGGCCAUCUUUAAUGCUUGCAUUCUCGAUUGUUUUCAGAUUUCAUUAAUCAUUUUUAUUUAUUCUUAUUUAAAUACAAUUUACAAUAUCUUAAACAGGAAAUGAUUUCUGAAAUCUGAAUGUAUGAGACAAUGCAACGUCUGUACAUAUCAUUGGAUAAAAGUUAUUAGUAAUUAUCAAGUCGUAUUUUUUUACGAAACAAUCCAUUUCUUUGUAAACCGCACUUAAAAGGGCUAAAAGUUUUUUUUUAAUAUGUAAUGUAAACUUGUUUUUGGCAUGACUUAGGUUUAUAAUGCAUUCUAUAUUUUAAUACGGAUUGAAAUUAUCGUAUUCCAGAAAACAUAUCGUAUAAUUAGCAUAUAGUAAAAAAAACACUUAAUUUUUAAGAUCUACAUUAUAAAUGCUAAUAAUAAGCUUACUGCUAAAACCUUUAAAACAGAUUUUGUAAUCCGAUACCGGGUUCGAUUCUCAGGCGUCUUUGCCACAGUAGAGAUAACAGUGUGACAGUAACAUCCUAGAAGCUCGACGUCAUUCCACUUGUCUAUGGAAAGGUCAAACCAUCCCAUUAAUAGCUUAUCGUAACUUUAUAUUCCUAAAGCAUGCCAAAUGCUACAUUUACAGUUAACGACUUAUAUAAAUAUGUUCCGACUGAUGCCAAAUGGAAAUUGUAAACUUUCAACGAAAUAUUGUAAAAAGGCCUAUCUGUGUAUCGAAGUAAUGUUGAUCAUUUCAAAGGAAAUCAUUUAAUUAAGUGUAUGUAUAGAGAUUUCGUUUCAUAUAUUUGCUUCCAGAUUCCUAUGUAUAAAUACUUGAGUCAUAUCACUUAUUGAUUAAAAUAUAUUUUUAGGUUAUGUUUAGUGAAGUGAUUCGCUAAGGUAACACAUUAAUAAAUAUAGUUUUAUUGUAAAUAUAUGUAUUUGAGAUUUUUAUUUAAAUGAAAAUGUAAAUGUGUGUGUUCCGGAUGUAUAUGUGACUAAUAAUAUGUAGUUUAAGUAUCAGUAUGUAAUAAAAUCUGGAAUUCAACGAUACUGGUCAGUUUUUAUCGAUGGCAGGAUAAAGCAUUUAAGCCCACUUUACACUGGUUUAGUAACUUAGUAGAGUGGCCAGUAUUUAGUCCCACUUUGAUGAAAUAAACCGGAAUUUAAUUGUUCAGAUAAUUAUAGCUCUCUAAUACAUUCAAUAUAAAGAAAACACGUUAUAGACUUCUUGUGGAAUAUUAUUAUUAUAAUUCUAACAGCCCAUUAUCAUUGUAGUGAGAUAUUUCCUAUUAAGAAGAUUUACAAUUAUUGCGUUGUACAUGUGACUUGGUAAGAGUUUCAUUCCGUGAUUUUCUUCUCUUGUGUCAGUGAUUUGUGCUUUCUUCCCCAUAGCCGCUUCUGUCGUCAUAAUAGAGAUAAAAUGAAAUCUUACUCUUCUACAUAAAGGAGGGAAUAUACAGCGGACUAAUUAUGAUAGUAUAUUUGCAAGAUCAUAUGACCAGAAUAAUGCAUGCAACGCUGGAGAACAGAGUGAUUUCUUUUAAUAUUUGUGUCAAAGUACGUAUGUAAAUAUUUGAUUAAGUGUGUACGUAUUUUGAAAGAUUUUUUUUGUAAUAAUUUGUAUGAUUCUUAGACAAAUUACAGAUAGUCCAAAAUUGUCGAAAAUAGGUACUCCUCCUUUUUUUAAGAUACUUUCAAACAAAAAGAAGCCAUUUGUUAUUAUGUAGGUACAAUUUCUUUCUUUUUUAAUUUACUUCAGAGCUGUCUAUUAAUAGAAAUUACUUUACUGAACGUAAUGAACAAUAAAGAAAAGUCACUCAAAUGACUCAAAAGUCGUUCAGUGACUAUUCAUGUUAUUACGUAAAAGUAAACUCACAAAUCCAUCUUAUCAAUUACUUUCAAUUUUGUUUGCAACUAUAGGAGAAAAUAGGUCAAUAACUAAAGUUUAUAAACGAUUGCCGUUUUUAUGAAUGAGAGGAAAUUACUUAACAUUUAUAUAGGAACGUAAAAUUUGUUAUAUUUACGUACGAUUUUCAUACGAAUGUAUCCCCUUGUGUGCGACUUAAGAGGCUUACAGGACCGUGCAUUUAAUAACCGCAAGGUCGCCAUUUUCUAAUUGUGGUUUUACGAUAUUAUUAUUAUUUGAAUUAUAAAUGGAAGAUGUUUUUAAAUCUCUAUAUAUCAAUUAUUGGUUUUUUAUUUGAAUGAAUUUGUCCUACUGUGUUUGUCAAGGUUGAACUUGUGUUUUGUUUUAUAAACAAUUUAUACAUUUGUAUAUUAAAUCUGCUUUACUGGAAGGAUAUUGUAAACAUAUUAUGUAUUUACAUCGAUGUUUCUUUUAAGCAGAAUUAGCGUAUCAAUUUUAAUAGCUCCGUCUACCUAAUGAUCGACCACACAAUUCCUCCUACAUUACACAAUACAAUUUACAAAAUUAAUCAUGAGAAUUACAUUCUCCAGAGGGCAUAAAAUAAAAAAACUCUUAAUUUAUUGACUCAUUCAAUCACUCAAUCGUUAGCUCAAUCACCGACUAACAGCAAUACUCA